AUGGCCGCCGCCACCAUGGCUCUCAUCUCCCGUGCGCUCGUCGGCAAGCCGGCGACCAGCACCAGGGACGUCUUCGGCGAGGGCCGCAUCACCAUGCGCAAGGCUGCUGCCAAGCCCAAGCCAGCGGCGUCCGGCAGCCCCUGGUACGGGGCCGACCGCGUCCUGUACCUGGGUCCGUUCUCCGGUGAGCCCCCAAGCUACCUGACCGGCGAGUUCACCGGCGACUACGGCUGGGACACCGCGGGGCUGUCCGCGGACCCCGAGACCUUCGCCAAGAACCGCGAGCUAGAGGUGAUCCACUCCCGCUGGGCCAUGCUCGGCGCGCUCGGGUGCGUGUCCCCGGAGCUCCUCGCUCGCAACGGCGUCAAGUUCGGCGAGGCCGUGUGGUUCAAGGCGGGCUCCCAGAUCUUCAGCGAGGGUGGGCUUGACUACCUCGGCAACCCAAGCCUGAUCCACGCACAGAGCAUCCUGGCCAUCUGGGCGUGCCAGGUGGUGCUCAUGGGCGCCGUCGAGGGGUACCGCAUCGCCGGUGGCCCGCUCGGGGAGGUGGUCGACCCGCUGUACCCUGGCGGCAGCUUCGACCCACUCGGGCUCGCCGACGACCCGGAGGCGUUCGCGGAGCUGAAGGUGAAGGAGGUCAAGAACGGCCGCCUCGCCAUGUUCUCCAUGUUCGGCUUCUUCGUGCAGGCGAUCGUCACCGGCAAGGGUCCUCUCGAGAACCUCGCUGACCACUUGGCCGACCCCGUCAACAACAACGCCUGGGCCUAUGCCACCAACUUUGUCCCCGGCAAGUGA